AAAGAACUGGAUCUACUCGCACUUCCAGUACAUUGUACGAUUUUACUGCGUGGCACGCUAACUUUGAGGCCGAAUACAGGAACGUGCUACCGUUUCCCAGUUCACGAAUAAACGGUUUAUCUUGCAGCGCCACUCCAGCUAAGUUAUUGUUUCGAUUGCUCAUGCUACAAUGCGGGCUCGGAAGCGAUUCCGAAACGAUUCCGCGGAACGAUCCCUCGCAACAGGACUGAAGGCUGUAAUGAAUGUUGCAUGCACUGUGGAGGCAGCUCUCGCGGUUCAAGCAAACCGCAUUGGUUCCGUGGAACAACGGUAUAGUAUUAAUCCAUUUCCUGAAGGGUGUUACGUGCCAUGUGCGUCGAAAGUGAUUGGAUAGACACAACACGGUGUAACAGGGUUCCGCGCGCCCAGCGGUGAAUCCUCGGGGGGUCACGUUGGUGUUCAUUCUAGGGAAGAUGAGGUCUGUUUUGCCAAGAAAGGCUGACGUCAUGGUUGGCUUCGUGCGUCGUCGUCGGGCCUACUUAUGGGCUGCCUUCUUCGGCAUCAUGUCGGGAUUCAUCUUUCUGGCCUGCUACACCAUUACAUCCCGACACGUAUGGUACGAACUAAGACCGCAGGCAGCGAUGGUGUCGCCACCCGCUCUCCCUCCCGCUGAACCAUCGAACAAGAGAAGGGAGACUCCUUCAUCCUCGACCUCUUCCGCAAGUUCGAUAUGCACCAUCCACCAGGCUCUCACCGGUCUCGAGCUUCGUCUCAGCCUCAACGACUCUCAUCUCGACCGCCGAAAGCUCUACAGAAUUCACGAGAACGUCAUCCUCGCAAAGAAGUCUAUAGCGCAAGAACACAACGUGGUAUGUCUAUCCAGUAUAGCGUCUUUAUCGCAUCUACACUGGCUGCCCGAGCUGGCAGAACACUGGACGGGACCUGCCUCCGUUUCCGUCUUCGUGCAUGGUCACGCGUUGGAGUUUGUGAUAGUGUACAUCUCUUUCCUGAGAUCGUGCUUCCCAACGAUCAGGGACAACUUUACAUUUCAUCUAGUCUUCCCGGCGGACCACAACGAAAGUUUGACCAUCGUGAACGAUGAUCUGCCGAGAAUUCUUCAGCACGAUUCCGACGUGCCGCUCUUCUGCUCUUCUUACAAGGACCUCUCUUCCUACUUUACGGGACUCUUAAAAAAGUUUGGGGAUACGAGGACAAUGUUUCCCCAGAAUCAUCUGAGGAACGUUGCCCGAGAGGGAUGCUCCGCGAGUCAGUUCUACUACAUGAUUGAUGUGGACGCGAUGCCACAGUAUGGUCUCUACGAGCGACUGCUAGAGUUCUUGCCAAGGCGUCAGCCGUGUGAUAAGUGUUUGUACGUCGUGCCAGCUUUUGAAGGUAACGUGCAAGUGAGCCAUCCGCGUACAAAGAAGGAGCUCUUGGCACGGUAUGGAAAGAAAAAACACUUCCGCGUGUAUCAUGUGAUUGCCUUCUGGAAGAAUCAAGGGGCCACCAACAUCACAAGGUGGAUGUCCCUCCCUGACGAAGAGGAAUUGAAGCCAGCGUACGAGGCCAAUUUCAAAUUCGGCUACGAGUGCUUCUAUGUCGGACCGCAUACUGUACCCAAGUACAGGGAAAGGUUCAUUGGCUACGGGUUCACAAGAAAUGUGCAGACGCUGGAGUCUUACCUGGCCGGAUACAAGUUCCUCGUGCUCAACAACGCUUUUAUGAUUCAUCGUGGCCUCCGGAAUAGGACAAGAAACGAACCCUUCAGGGAGAAGGAAAAGACGCACAAUUACAAAACGUUUCUCGCAUUCAGAGGGACUUUGCAGAAGACGUACGGCAGAGGAAAAGAAUUCACGUGAUAUCCGAAGCUUUGUUUAUGGAUAUUUGAAUUGAGGAAGGGAAGAGGAGGUAUAGGAAGGAACAAAUGUGUCUUUUCGCGAGAUGUUCGAACCCGAACAGAGGUUUUUCUUCGAGUUUUUUUUAAACAGUUUUCUUCUAAACCUUUAAAAGCAAAACGUCGAAAAGGAAAAGAAAACAAGGUUAAGGUACUUUAUAGUAGAACACCAUGUUGGCAUAAUGUGACGAAACCAUUAUAUAGGUUUAAUACUUAGACGGAGGAGUUUUAUUUGCGGAACUGAGGGAUCAUGAAAGCGUUCCAUAUGUUAUUUCACGUGUGUUGUUUCCUAGGAGUGAAUGUAUAGUUUGGGGUUUAUUUAUAGUUUAUGAAAGAGUUCAUAUGACGUACCUCGAGGUGCAUGGACGCGCCUAGUGGCGGAGUUUUAUGUUCGCAUGUAAGUUAUUUCGUUGUAUUUCUGUGUGAUAGUGAAUGUCCACUUAAAGAUUAAGCCAAAGAGUUUCAGUAUACCAUAGUUCAUUCAAUCGAUCGCCACUUCAUGAAUCGGAGCGUGAAUAUACCAACAGAUCCUGGUUGUUAUAAUUAUCUUCGUUGUCUUUCUAUGCGGACGUAUGGUUGAUGAUAAAGCCACUCUAAAUCAUCA